AUGUCUGAAAACACCAAAAAAUUGAUCACCUUGAAAAACAUCUUUGAGCCCUUUGGCCGGCAUGAGGAGCAAGUGCUCAUCAACCGCGGGGACAUCACCAGCAAGAAGGAUGUCUGGGACAUGCAGGAGUUCAUCACUCACAUGUACAUCAAGAAGCUCCUGAGACAUCCCAUCUUCAAACUGCUGCUGGCCUUGCUGCUGGUGACCAAUGCCAUCACCAUCGCUCUCCGCACCAACUCUUACCUUAACCAGAGACACUAUGAGCUGUUCUCUACCCUAGAUGACAUUGUGCUGACCAUCCUUGUCUGUGAGGUUCUGCUUGGCUGGAUCAACGGCUUUUGGAUUUUCUGGAAGGAUGGCUGGAACAUCCUCAACUUCCUGAUCGUGUCCACCUUGGUCAUGGUGUACUUCUUCAAACAACUUGAUGUCAUUGCAGUUAUCUACACCCUCAGGGCGCUUCGGCUGGUGCACGUGUGCAUGGCGGUGGAGCCCCUGGCCAGGAUCAUCCGUGUCAUCCUGCAGUCGUUACCUGACUUGGCCAACAUCAUGGCCCUCAUCCUCUUCUUCAUGCUGGUAUUCUCUAUGUUUGGGGUCACGCUGUUUGGUGCGUUCGUGCCCAUGCAUUUCCAGAACAUGGGGGUUGCCCUGUAUACCCUCUUCAUCUGCAUCACCCAGGAUGGCUGGCUGGACAUCUACAACGACUUCCAGAUGGAGGAGUCCCGGGUGUAUACGAUGGAGAUCGGGGGCGCCAUCUACUUUGCCAUCUUCAUCACCAUCGGUGCCUUCAUUGGCAUCAACCUGUUCGUAGUCGUCGUGACCACCAAUCUGGAACAAACAAUGAAAGCAGGAAAACAGGGACAGCAGACUCAAAUAACUUUUAGUGAGGUGCAUGAAGAUGAGAACUGGACUGAGGAGCUGCCCGUCGUGCACGUUACAGUGGCUCGCAUGGAGAAAUCCGGGCUGCCCCAGGAACCGCUGGUGGGGGGUCCCCUGCCAAACCUCUCAGAAAAAACCUGCGACAAUUUUUGCUUGGUGCUUGAGGCCAUACAGGAGAACGUGGUGAAAUACAAGGAGAUCAGAGAGGAGAUGGACACGAUCCUGGAGGAGGUACGCUCCAUCCGCUUCAACCAGGAGCAGGAGGAGGAGGUGCUGCACAGACACAAGUCCCGCAGCCUGGUUUUCGAGAGCGAGCCCUCGGCAGAUAUACGCGAGGUGGCUACCCAGCAAGACUUGAUCUCUGCGCUCGUGAGCAGGGAAAAGGUUUAUGAUUCUACAAGCACGAUGAUGAGCAAACACAAGUACAGCCUCUGAGAAGGCAGGAUGGGAGGCCAGGGGUCUGCACACACAAAUCCAGCUGUUGCAUCUUCCUGCAUCCUGGC